AUGUCUUCCGCGCUUCGUUCCGUCCUCAGGCAGUCCCGCCGGAGCCCCUUCGCACGCCAGGCCAGGCUUGCCUCGACUUCUGCCAAACAAGUCUCUCUCAAGGACAGAGUCGCUGAGCUCAUCCCCGCAGAGAUUGAAAAUGUAAAAGCCACGCGGGCCGAGCAUGGAAAGAAGACCUUCGGCCCUGUUCUUGUAGAUCAGCUAUACGGCGGGAUGCGUGGCAUGCCGGCCCUCAUCUGGGACGGCUCUGUCCUCGAUGCAGAGGAGGGUAUCCGCUUCCGGGGCAAGACGAUUCCCGAGUGCCAGGAGCUUCUUCCCAAGGCCCCCGGCGGGUCUGAACCACUCCCAGAAGCGCUCUUUUGGCUUCUUCUCACCGGCGAAGCUCCCACGCAAGAGCAAGUCACUGCCUUGUCCAGGGAUUGGGCGGCUCGUGCAGCCAUCCCCGAGUUCGUUGAAGAACUUCUUGACAGAUGUCCCCCUACUCUCCAUCCUAUGAGCCAAUUCAGUUUGGCUGUCACUGCGUUAAACCAUGAUUCGGCGUUCGCGAAAGCCUACGCAGAGGGUAUUCCCAAGAAGGAAUACUGGAAGCCGGUAUUCGAAGACUGCAUGGAUCUCAUCGCUAAGCUCCCGAAUAUCGCUGGGCGCAUCUAUCGCAAUGUCUACGGCCAGGGCAAGCUUCCCACCAUUGAUCUCGAGAGGGACUAUUCCUGGAACCUAUCCACUCUUCUUGGCUUUGGAGAUAACGCCAAUUUCGUUGAGCUCAUGAGGUUGUACCUCACCAUUCACAGUGACCACGAAGGUGGCAAUGUCUCCGCUCACACGGGAAAGCUUGUUGGCUCUGCCCUCUCUGAUCCCUUCCUUGCGUUCGGUGCUUCCCUGAAUGGUCUCGCUGGUCCUCUCCACGGUCUCGCUAACCAGGAGGUUCUUCUCUGGCUGCGCAAGAUGCAAUCCAAGAUUGGAGAGAACGCUAGCGAUGAAGCGGUCAGGGAGUACGUGUGGUCGACUCUCCAAGGUGGCCAGGUCGUUCCUGGAUAUGGUCAUGCAGUUCUUAGGAAGACUGAUCCUCGAUAUACUGCUCAACGUGAAUUUGCUCUCAAGCAUCUCCCUAACGACCCGCUCUUCAAGCUGGUUGGUCAGGUGUAUCAGAUUGUUCCUGACAUUCUCCUUGCGGCAGGCAAGGCGAAGAACCCGUGGCCCAAUGUAGAUGCCCACUCAGGCGUCCUCUUAACACACUACGGCUUAACCCAAAUGCAGUUCUAUACCGUCCUCUUCGGUGUCUCCCGUGCCUUUGGUGUGGCUGCUCAGCUCAUCUGGGAUCGUGCCCUUGGUGCUCCCCUUGAACGACCAAAGUCGUAUUCGACAGCAGCUAUUCAGAAGAUGUUCAAAGACAAGCAAUAA